GAUCAUAGAUAUUAGUCAAAAUAUUAGUUAAAUAAUAUAUUAAUUACACAAUAUUAUAGAUUGUAUGUAUUAUAAGCCGCAAUGUGACUCAUACAUAAUCUCAAUCUUUUUUUAUGAGUCACUAUGUAUCAAGGGUUUUUACAAGUAUAUAUAUACCCUUAAAUUUUUCUCAAGGGAAAAUAAAAAUCAAACAAACUUUCAAUUUUUUUUCAAAUAUAUAUUACAAUCAAAUUUACAAUCAAAUUUACAAUCAAAUUUUCAACCAAAUUUUCAAUUUGAAUUUUCUCAAAUAUUACUAAAAUCUAAAAUGUCUUACCAAAUGUGUGCAAAUUUCAUCAAUACUCCUUUAAAUACUAUUCCUCUUGAUAAAUGUUUUCCAUACCAUCUUCAAUCUGCUGAACCAUUUACCUCUCAAUACUUAUCAAUAUUCAUUACUUACUUAUACAUUCUUUUUGUAUUUUUAUUCAUAUAUACAAAUCUUCUCACCAAUACACUCAUUUUGCUCUUGAUAUUGAUAAAAGCCAUAAUUAAUACUUUCUUUUUCCUUUCCUUAAAUCUCUCUCUCUCAAAUCUCUCUCUACUCCUCCAACAAUUUCAUCCAUCAAAUCUUCUAUCAAAUCUCUCUCUUUUUAAACAUUUUCUUAUUUCAAAACUUUUAUUAUUAUCACAAUAUUCUCUUGCUAUGUCAAUUAAUCUUUUAUUUCUUGAUUCUCUUCUUUAUUUUCUUGAUUUUCUUUAUGAGUUAACUCAUUUCAUAAUAUUAUUUCUUUUAUCUUCACUUUCUUUUUACAAACAUAAAAUUGAUUUGAUAGUUGAUUUAAAAAAUACCUUUGAAAAUUCCCAAUAAUUUAGACAUUAUUUAAUUAAAUAAUUUUAUAUUACGUAGCUAGGUCCAUGGCUUACCAAAUAUAGCAUGGAGACGUAAUCUUUACCCUUUGGUCAACUCGGGAAUACUUGGCCAUUCUUAGAUAGAUAAUUUUUACAAGGGGAUCGUUUGCAUCGCCCAUGAAGCAUUGCACUGUGCUAAUUGGUGUCAGAGAGAUCCUUUGUCUUGUAAAAAUUUACCCUUUCUUGAUCAUUUGAUCAUUCUUAGAUAGAUAAAUUUUACAAGGGGAUCGUUUGCAUCGCCCAUGAAGCAUUGCACGGUGCUAAUUGGUGUCAGAGAGAUCCUUUGUCUUGUAAAAUUUACCUUUCUUGAUCAUUUGAUCUAUCU